AUGGUAGCGCUGGGUAACGCUGUCACAAGACGUGUCAACAAGCCAGGGCGGAGAAGCAAGUCCACAGUGGAGAAAUAUUGUGAUAAACAUAAGGAUGAGAAACUGAGAUUUUAUUGUACGUCGUGUAGUAAAGUGAUUUGUCGAGACUGUAAACUAACAGACGUUGAAGGUCAUAAGACAAAAGACAUCGCCGAUGUUGUUGAGAAAGCUCGAACUAGCUCAGCGAAAACGAAAGUAGAACUAGAAAAGUUUAAAGCAAGAAUAGAAAAAUCGAUUGACCACAUAGAUGAUAACAAUACUGAAACGUCUAAACAUAUAAACGAUGUUAAAGAAGAAAUAAACAAACUUGCCGAUUCACUGGUUGAGAUGAUAAACACCGAGCGUCGUAAAGAGAUAGACAGAGUGGCAGACAUACAGCAAUCACACGGAAAGAAAUGUUCAGAUGAGCAGUAUAGAUUAAAACAAAGAAAAUAUUUUCUACAGAGUCAGAUUGAUCACACAGACGACAUGUUGAAAGAUGGACUUGACUGUGACGUGUUGGCAGCUGACAGCGAGAUGAAACAACGACUGGCAGAGAUACAGAAAGAACAACAGUCUGACUCUGAUCCAGGUGUGCUGGAUGUUGUCAGGUUUGCCGUCCGUAACGUUAUGACACUCACAUUUCCAAUGGCAAGUAAAACUAAUUUAUCAUACAAUUUUAAGGGUCGUAUUGAUACAGCCUAUCCCUGUGAAAGUGUGCGUUCUAUCACUUGCACGAAAAACCAAACGGUACUGUUUACAUAUAGCAAAGAAUCUAAUCACUUUCUUUGUCUCUUUGACACAUCGUCCAGAGAGGUAAUAUCGAAGUUUGAAUUUAAUCUGGAUGAGUUGAUAAAUGAAGGAGAUCAUGGUGUGAUAGAGAAAUACAACAGAGAAAGCAAAGACAACAAAAUACCUGCAAAUGAUCACACAGACCUGAAGAAACCAUUUCCGUACAAGGACACCAAUGACAAUGGUGACACGUGCUGUGUUAUCAAGGAGCAUAACUGGGUUGGGAUUCAAACUGUCAGCGGAGAUGUCCGAACACUGACCUUCGACCCAUUUGCUGAACCAGGACAGUUCAGACCUGUAGAUGUGUACUGGGGAAACAAUCAGGAAAUCUUUAUAGCGGACAGUGAUGCAAAUAUGAUUAUUCUGUGCAGUCUUCAACAUGGAUGA